AUGUCGAUUUUGGAUUCUGGAGGCGUCACUACGACGACGGAGAACGGUGGCGGAGAGUUUUUGGAUCUCGAUGAUAGGCUUCGUCGACGGAAAUCGAGAUCGGAUUCCAAUGGACUUCUUUCUGAUUCCGUAUCCGGUGCUGAUACUUCUCCGUCAGAUGAUGUUGGAGCUCCGGCUGACCUGAGGGAUCGGAUUGAUUCCGUUGUUGAGGACGCUCAAGGAACAGCGAAUUUAGCUGGAGGUAGCGGCGGAGAUACCGAAAUUAAGGAAACCGGUGGAGGAAGAGGCGGUGGUCAAGGAGGAGGAACCACCGAUGCAACGUACACGUAUCGGCCGUCGGUUCCAGCUCAUCGGAGAGUCAGGGAGAGUCCACUCAGCUCUGAUGCAAUCUUCAAACAGAGCCAUGCCGGAUUGUUCAACCUGUGUGUAGUAGUUCUUGUUGCUGUAAACAGUAGACUCAUCAUCGAAAAUCUGAUGAAAUACGGUUGGUUGAUUAGGACUGAUUUCUGGUUUAGCUCAACUUCGCUGCGAGAUUGGCCACUGUUCAUGUGUUGUAUCUCUCUUUCGAUCUUCCCUUUGGCUGCCUUUACCGUCGAGAAAUUGGUACUUCAGAAAUGCAUAUCUGAACCUGUUGCCAUUAUUCUUCAUAUUGUUAUCACCAUGACAGAGGUUUUGUAUCCAGUUUACGUUACACUAAGGUGUGAUUCCGCCUUCUUAUCAGGUGUCACACUGAUGCUCCUCACUUGCAUUGUGUGGCUAAAGUUGGUUUCUUACGCUCAUACUAGCUACGACAUAAGAACGCUAGCUAAUUCAGCUGAUAAGGCGGAUCCUGAAGUCUCCUACUACGUUAGCUUGAAGAGCUUGGCAUAUUUCAUGGUUGCUCCCACAUUGUGUUAUCAGCCAAGCUAUCCACGCUCUCCAUGUAUCAGAAAGGGUUGGGUGGCUCGUCAAUUUGCAAAACUGAUCAUAUUCACUGGAUUCAUGGGAUUUAUAAUUGAACAAUAUAUAAAUCCUAUUGUUAGGAACUCAAAGCAUCCUUUGAAAGGAGAUCUUCUAUACGCUAUUGAAAGAGUGUUGAAGCUUUCAGUUCCAAACUUAUACGUGUGGCUCUGCAUGUUCUACUGCUUCUUCCACCUUUGGUUAAACAUAUUGGCAGAGCUCCUCUGUUUCGGGGAUCGUGAAUUCUACAAAGAUUGGUGGAAUGCAAAAAGUGUGGGAGAUUACUGGAGAAUGUGGAAUAUGCCUGUUCAUAAAUGGAUGGUUCGACAUAUAUACUUCCCGUCCCUGCGCAGAAAGAUACCGAAAGUACCUGCCAUUAUCAUUGCUUUCUUAGUCUCUGCAGUCUUUCAUGAGUUAUGCAUCGCAGUUCCUUGCCGUCUCUUCAAGCUAUGGGCUUUCAUGGGGAUUAUGUUUCAGGUGCCUUUGGUAUUUAUCACAAACUAUCUACAAGAAAGGUUUGGUUCCAUGGUGGGCAAUAUGAUCUUCUGGUUCGUCUUCUGCAUUUUCGGGCAACCGAUGUGUGUUCUUCUGUAUUAUCACGACCUGAUGAACCGCAAAGGAACCAUGUCCUAA